AUGGCUCGUUCUCAGCAGUCUCGAGCUCGGCUAAGGGCCACCUCAAGCCUUUGGGCGUUGUUAUUUGCAGGUGUCGUACUACCGAACGCGGCAGAGGCUCAUGACAGUGUGCCCGCGGUCCAGCUCCCCAUCAUUCCGCCACCCGUACCCUUGACCGAACCGGAGCUCUCAUCCGAGCCGCAUGAGUUUUCUCUCCGGCAUAUAUUCCACCGAGGAGCAUACCAACAUCCCGAGCUGCACUCCAGGCUCGAUGUCAACCCUAACACCCGCCUGUGGACAUUGUCGGAAGAUGGCACCGACCAAGAGCCUAUUUCAAGCGAAGGCCCCUUGAUAGCUUCAUCAUCUCCAAUCACGAUACAGCGCCUGGCGGAUCGACGUCUAUCUGUCAUCGAAGGGUACUUGGCGGCUGCCCGAUUCUCGGGCAUAGCAACAACGUCAUCGCCGUCAGACUGGGUGAUGGAUACACUCGCGGGUCCAAAUGUCACGGACAAGCAGACGGUGUUGACAUUUGCACAGAUGACGGCGAAUGAUUAUAUUGAGGAACCCGGCACGGAGGAUUGGCAAAAUAUCCACGGAAGGUUCAACUAUUCCAACAGCUUCGGAUGGCAGAGGGACGGCCUUCGGGGACACAUCUAUGCCGAUAAAACCAACAGCACCAUCGUGAUUUCAUUGAAAGGUACUUCCCCGGCUCUCUUUGACGGAGCUGGCACCACCACGAAUGACAAGACCAACGACAACCUGUUUUUCAGCUGCUGCUGUGGCCAGGGAGGCUCGUACCUCUGGAGGCAAGUCUGUGACUGUCAGAGCGCCACGUAUACCGCCAAUUUGACCUGCAUCGUCGAGGCGAUGAAUGACGAGAACAUGUAUUACAGAGCUGCCAUUGAUCUCUACUCCAACGUCACUGAGAUCUACCCCAACGCAAAUGUCUGGCUAACCGGGCAUUCCCUGGGCGGUGCUAUGGCCAGUCUUCUGGGCUUGACUUUUGGUCUCCCGACCGUCACAUUUGAAGCAGUUCCCGAAGCCUUACCCGCAGCUCGACUCGGUCUUCCCAGCCCACCGGGCCAUGACCCUCGUCUUCCACAAUCGCGGAGCUUCACAGGGUCCUACCACUUUGGUCACACCGCCGAUCCGGUGUAUAUGGGAACCUGCAAUGGCAUCAAUUCCCUAUGCACAUGGGGUGGCUAUGCAAUGGAAUCCGCCUGCCAUACCGGUCAGAUGUGUACCUAUGACACGGUGGGGGACAAAGGCUGGCGUGUGGGCCUUGGAACGCAUAAGAUCAGGAACGUCAUCUCCGACGUGAUCAACGUUUACGACGAUGUGCCACCGUGUGCUCCAGAGGAGGAGUGUUACGACUGUGUCCUUUGGAAGUUUUUCAAGAGCAAUGGCUCCGAGAUUACUACCACAACGACAACGACCAAGGCCUCUCCAACCCUCACUAGAACAUCUACAUGUAAGACUCCGGGCUGGUGGGGCUGCCUAGACGAGUCAACCACAACGACUACUACGACAACUGCAACAAGCACAACAAUUUCAACUACCACAUCGACCUGCAAGACGCCCGGCUGGUUUGGCUGCAAUGACCCCACAACCACAAGCGCCUCUGCAACGUCCACGUCCACUUCCUCUACUUCCUCGUGCAAGACACCCGGUUGGUUCGGCUGCCAUGAUUCCACGUCUACCAGUAUCAUGGUUACACCAGCGCCCACCAUCACCACGCCAGCCUCAUCGUCAGCUUCGGCAACUUGUCAUGAUCCGGGUUGGUUUGGAUGUCGGGAUCCUAUCUCCGAACCAACACCCACCCAUGAGUGA